AUGGGUAACCCCGGGGUGGUGGUCGCGGCGCUGCUGGCGGCGCUGAGCGUUUGCCUCCUAUCAGUGCCGGCUGCGGCGCAGCUUCGGCGGGACUACUACGCCAACACAUGCCCCAACGUGGAGAACAUCGUGAGGGGGGUGGUGCAGACCAAGUUCCGGCAAACAUUCGUCACCGUCCCCGCCACCCUCCGGCUCUUCUUCCACGACUGCUUCGUCGAGGUAGGAAACACCUCCACGGCAACCUCCGCAGCCAGCUUGAGCCAUUGUGUCGGUUCUAACCGCGUGGAUUUCAGGGAUGUGAUGCGUCCGUCAUGGUGGCGUCCUCGGGGUCCAACACCGCCGAGAAGGACCACCCGGAUAACCUAUCUCUGGCCGGAGAUGGGUUCGACACCGUAAUCAAGGCGAAGGCCGCCGUGGACGCCGUGCCGCAGUGUCGGAACAAGGUCUCCUGCGCCGACAUCCUCGCCCUAGCCACGCGUGACGUCGUUGCCCUGGUCUGUUUCCUCGAUUUGCUUUCGUCCUCUUAUUUUCCCUCCCCCCGCUGUAACGAGUUCUGACUGGUCGUCUCGACUUCAAUUUCACAAUGGGGAUCAGUCCGGGGGGCCUUCGUAUGCUGUGGAGCUGGGCAGGCUAGACGGCCUCCGCUCGACGGCGUCGAGCGUGAACGGGAAGCUACCCCAACCGACCUUCAAUCUAAAUCAGCUCACCUCCAUGUUCGCCGCCAACGGCCUCUCUCGGACGGACAUGAUCGCGCUCUCAGGUACUAGUCCAGUUCUUCUCGCACGGAGUGCGAGCCUCUCACUCCUCCCGGCGACGUGCUUCCGCUCCGUCCUUGCGAGGAGGAUCAGCUGCUUAGCUGAGAUGUCAUUUUGACGAGGUCCGGAUUAUAGGUCUCUGUCCAUGAAAAUGAUAACUUCGACCACGCCUCACCAAAACCACCGCGCCAGCCUCUCCGCCCCUCACAAACCAUUGAUCCAUUCAAUCAAGGCUUCUCUCCUGGUUUACGCGUGAAAACCCAGCCCCGGCCUUUCAAUAACUUAUUAUUUAAUGAGUAUUCACAAGUCCUCCCUCCCUUAGUUGCCCACUCCCCCCAUUAAGUUCUUAACGGCGACCGAUUUCGUCCUCAUCCACAAUUUCACACGACAAGCUCGUUACUUUAUUGUACGCGGAAAAGAACACAGAAGCCAAUCCAGAUUUUAAAAAAAAGGGUUUACAUCAAUUAUGGAUUUCUUAAAUGUUCUCGAUCGUGUGGGCCCAUCGUCAGGAUCCUCGGAGGGAAUGAGCCUUUUUUCUCGAGUUUUGUUUUUUGAAAAAUUAGUCGCGGCAGAGAUCAUGGUCACCGCCCGUUUUGGUUUCCUUUGCCAUCUCUUAACCGUGGAGGUACUCGGUAACGCUGCAGCGGCGCACACGCUGGGCUUCUCACACUGCAACAAGUUCGCCAAGCGCAUCUACAGCUUCAGCUCAAGCAACCCGGUGGACCCGACGCUGAACAGGACCUACGCGACGCAGCUGCAGGCCAUGUGCCCGCGCAACGUUGACCCCAGGAUCGCCAUCGAUAUGGACCCCGUCACCCCGAGGACCUUCGACAAUGUCUACUUCAAGAACCUCCAGCAGGGGUUGGGCCUCUUCACCUCCGACCAGGUCCUCCACACCGACGCCCGCUCCCGCCCCACGGUCAACGCCUGGGCAAAGAACACCGCCGCCUUCGAACGGGCCUUCGUCACCGCCAUGACCAAGCUCGGCCGCGUCGGCGUCAAGACUGGUUCGCAGGGGAACAUCAGAACCCUGUGCGACGUUCUCGGUUAG